AUGAUGCACUUCUCCACACUCUUGGCUGCUACAGCUCUCGCAGGCUCUGCGCUCGCGGUAGACCACAAAGUUGCAGUCGGCACCAAGACCGGCGAUCUCGUCUUCAAGCCCGACUCUAUCACUGCCGCCGAGGGCGACACGGUCACUUUCCACUUCUGGCCCAAGAACCACUCUGUUGCGCAGGCCGCCUUCAACUCGCCAUGCGCGCCCAUGAACAACGGAUUCUGGUCAGGCUUCGUGGCCACUACAGACACAGAGAACGUCGCGGACUCAUCGUUCACAUAUGAAGUAACAAAUGCGUCGGCGCCAGUGUGGUUCUACUGCACGCAGGGCAAGCACUGCCAAAAUGGCAUGGUCGGUGUAAUCAACCCGCCUGCCACUGGCGCAAGGACCCUAGCUGCAUUCAAAAACGCAUCUGCGGAGGUCGCCAGCAACGUAUCGCCCACGGUCAAGGCCGGCACUGGCGGCAACCUCACAGAGAACAGUACCUCGACCUCACCAUCAGGCACUGCAUCAGGCACUGCAUCAGGCACACCAGCUUCGUCGACUGGCGCAGCAUCGCACCUCUCCGGCAGUGUGACUUUUGCUGGUCUUGCGGGUGCGUUUGCAUACUUCCUGAUGUGA